UGUUUCCGCACAAAAAAGAAUGGCUCGGAUGCUCGGAGACUGCGCCGAUAGUCCACCAUGGGCUUGUGUGAACUCUGAAGAUGUCAGCAGGGAGCUCACAUGAGUUGCAAUGGCUUAUAGGUAGGGAUAUCUGCAUCGUACAAACAGUCUAUCAAAGCAUCACGCUUUACUUCCAUCUUAUCUAACCAGGAAUUCCUCGCAAUUAUUGUCAAGAUGUCUAUCAAAGGCAAAGUCAUUGUCAUCACAGGCGCAGCCUCCGGCAUGGGUCUUGAAACCGCACGUCUGUUUGCCAGCAAAGGUGCGAAACUGUCACUCGCCGAUGUCCAAGAGAAACCUUUGAAAGACCUCAUGGCAGAGCUACAGUCUGCCGGUGCAGAAGUUAUGGCCACGGUGGUCGAUGUCAGCAACAGAAAGUCCGUGGACGACUGGAUAGCUGCCACUGUCUCCAAGUUCGGGAAGCUAGACGGCGCCGCAAAUCUCGCUGGGGUGAUCGGACGACAGAACAAUAUCGCGGGUGUCGCCGAGCUGGAUGACGAUGACUGGGAUUUCGUCAUGAACAUUAACACGAAAGGCCUCAUGUUCUGUUUGCGAGCUCAAGCACCUGUUAUGAACGAGGGCGGCUCGAUUGUGAACGCGGCCAGCAUUCUUGGACUCAUUGGUGCUGCAAAAUCCAUGCCCUACGUUGCCUCAAAACAUGCUGUUGUCGGCAUGACCAGGAGCGCGGCGAAGGAACUGGGCGCGAGGAACAUUCGUGUCAAUUGCUUUUGCCCCGGGCCGAUCGAUACUCCCAUGUUCCAAAAGUCGCUUGAAAUUCGAGGAACUAAGAUGAACACUGAUUUUCUGGCCUUGAAAAGGACGGCAGACCCGAAGGAAGUACCCCCACUACUUGAGUUUUUGAUCUCAGAUGCUAGUUCGUUCAUUACGGGAGCUGCUAUGCCUAUUGAUGGUGGCUGGUUCUGCUAGAUACCAUGAUUGAGUCUGCAAAUACGAUGC